AUGGCAAGAUCUUUAUCGUGGGAUGACCUGAAGUACGAUAUGCAGCCAUGGAUACGAACAGCUGUCGACAGUAUGGGAUUUGAGACUAUGACCCCAGUGCAGGCGUCAACUAUUCCUAUGUUUUCGGGUAAUAAAGACGUAGUCGUAGAAUCUGUGACUGGAUCUGGCAAGACAGUAGCAUUUGUGAUACCGAUCCUUGAAAAAAUCGUGAAGGAAGUGUUGAAUGGCGCUCCUCUAAAAAAGGGAAACUUUUAUUCGCUUGUCAUUUCACCAACUCGAGAGCUUGCGAGCCAGAUACAAAGUGUCAUCGACAAAUUCUUGGCCUAUUAUCCUGAUGAGCCGUGCCCUAUUCAAUCUCAGCUGCUUGUUGGUAGCAGCUCAUCUACUGUCAGAGACGAUGCAAAUACAUUCAUGGAAAAUAAACCUCAGGUCUUGGUAGGCACGCCGGGAAGACUACUGGAUUUUCUCAAAACGAAAGCUGUCAAAACUGCAUCUUGUGGUAUCAUCGUGCUGGAUGAAGCUGACAAACUUCUGGACGUCAGUUUCGAGAAAGACGUGGAAGCUAUCUUAAGUAUGCUUCCAAAGCAGAGGCGGACGGGUUUGUUUUCGGCAACUAUCAGCAGUGCUGGGGAUCAAAUUUUCAGGACGGGAAUGCGGAACCCAGUAAAGAUAGCAGUCAAAUCGAAAGUACAAGCCCCAGAAUCGUUGAAAAUCAGCUACGUUGUGGUAAAGCCGGAGGACAAACUGCAAUAUCUGCUUUACAUUCUCAAUCACGUUCGGUAUAGGAAGUGCAUUGUUUAUUUCCCCACAUGCAUAUCUGUUACCUAUUUCUACUCAUUCUUUAAACACCUCUUCAAAUUGGGUAUCAUGAAUGAAACCUUGGAAGUCUACUCUCUUCAUGGUAAACUGCAAACCAGCUCAAGACUCGGUACAUUGGAAAAGUUUUCCGUUAGUUUGAAUAAUUCGGUACUUUUAACCACUGAUGUGGCCGCAAGGGGUAUUGACAUCCCAGAAGUCGAUCUUGUUCUUCAGCUAGAUCCUCCCACCAGUGCCGAAAUGUUUCUUCAUAGGUGCGGGAGAACUGGAAGAGCAAAUCGUGCCGGAAAAGCAAUAACGUUUCUAAACCGUGGACGCGAAGAAGAUUACGUUAACUUUCUGGAGGUAAAGAACAUCGACCUCGAGGAGAUGAAGUUGAAGUUCAAUCCCAGUGAUGAAUUCUCCAGCAUUUUUAAAGAAUGGAUUUUGGCUGACAGGGCGAGGUUCGAAAAUAGUGUUAGAGCUUAUGUUGGAUUCAUUCGGUAUUAUUCCAAGCAUUCAGCCUCGUCCAUAUUCAGACUCCAGUCACUUGACUAUGUAGGUAUUGCCAAGUUGUAUGGUUUGAUACGUCUACCACGCAUGCCAGAAAUUACCCAACACCUUGACAAUGAUGAGAUGCCCCAGGAUGGAUGGCUUAUAGAACCAGCAGUGGACUUGGAUUCAUUUUCGUUCGUCAAUCCACAGAUGGAAAGCUCCAGGCUGGAAGAGCUGAAGAAAACGAAGGCCAUAAAGGACAAAAAUAAAUUGAAGAGCGAGCUCAAGAAAAAGAAUGCUGCUUGGUCUAAUAAGACGUCCUCAAAGGAAUCGAAAGGCGAAAGAAAGGUGAAGUCUGCACAGAGAAGGAAGGCCAUUGAAGAAAAGAUUGCUCAGGAAGAAAGCGACGACGAGAGUGAAGCGGAAGAAGAUUGGAAAGACAUGGUAAGGCGUAACAAGAAACAGAAGACCUCCUCUCAACUUCAAGGAAAUUUUUCUGAUCUUUAA